CAAGUUGAAGACGAAGAUCGGCGCUGGGCGGCUGAUGGGCCCCAAGGGUGUGGCCGUGGACCGCAAUGGCCACAUCAUCGUGGUGGACAACAAGGCCUGCUGCGUCUUCAUCUUCCAGUCCAAUGGGAAGCUGGUGACCAAGUUCGGCAGCCGCGGCACAGCGGAGCGGCAGUUUGCAGGUACCCUCGAUGGUAAUACCGCGACCGGCAGGUCCUUAAUACUGCAUGCCUUUGGCUUCGUGCUGGGCCAGCCUGGGCCCCACUUCGUUGCUGUUAACAACAAGAACGAGAUCGUGGUGACCGACUUCCACAACCACUCGGUGAAGGUGUACAGUGCCGAUGGCGAGUUCCUCUUCAAGUUUGGCUCACACGGGGAGGGGAACGGGCAGUUCAACGCCCCCACCGGCGUGGCCGUGGAUUCCAAUGGCAACAUCAUCGUGGCCGACUGGGGCAACAGCCGGAUCCAGGUCUUCGACAGCUCAGGCUCCUUCCUGUCCUACAUCAACACGCUGGCCGACCCGCUGUAUGGGCCGCAGGGCCUGGCACUCACCUCGGACGGACACGUGGUGGUGGCCGACUCGGGCAACCACUGUUUCAAGGCCUAUCGCUACCUGCAGUAGCUGAGGGGCACUGGGCGAGCCCCAGCCUGCACCUGCCCCGCUGCCUGGACUAGAGACCAAGGGGCCGCUCCCCCACCAGCAGGCUUGUGCUGAGUGCCCAGCCCCACUGGGGGGGCCUGCAGGAGCCCUAGGCCUCCCAAACUACAGUGCAAGAGCCCGGCGAGGGGGGACCCACCCCUGAGCCUGCCGGCCCAUGCCCCAGAGCAAGGAGACUGGCCCGUGGAGAGGGGCGGCCCAGCGGGUCCCCCCGGUUGCAGUGAAGGUUAGGGGCUGUCCUCCCUUCCCCCCACACCUGGGCCCUUUGGUGUUUGUUGAGGGGCUGCCCCUCACCCCAGCCAUCCGGGCCAGAUGGUCAAUGGGAAUGCAGGAGCUGGGGCCGUUGUUCCUUCUCUCUGGGGUGCAGCAUCUCCUGCUCAUCAUCGCCCCCCAUACCCACCACCCUCUGAGCCCCCCAGCACUGCCUGCCCCCCAGUGCAAUCCAGCACCCGCACCUCCCACACCCCUGUACAACCCAGCACCGCCUGCCCCCCUGUAAAACAUAGCACCACUGCCCGCCCCCCAGUGCCCGCAGCACCGCCCACUCCCCUGUAGAACCUAGCACCACCGCCCCCCAGUGCAACCCAGCAGUGCCCGCAGCAACGCCCAGCCCCCAGUGCAACCCCUCACCGCCUGCCCACUGCCUUUGGUGCCACCCAGCAAUGCCUGCCCUCUGUACCUGCCAGCAACACCUGCCCAGCCCCCCGGUGCCCGCCAGCAAUGCCCACCCCCUGCCCUGCUGUGCCCCUGCUGCCCCCAUGUGCCCCCAGCAAUGCCUGUUGUGCUCCCUGGCACCUCUCACCUCUCCAGUGUCUCCCAGCUGUGCACCCCACCAGCAACCCCCAGCUGCCUUCCCACUGUGGCCCCCCAGCAGCCCACCCUGAUCUGCCCUCCAGUAACCCCCUCCCCCCGUUCCCCUCUCUCCCUCCCUGUGUCUCCCUUCUCGCUAGGGUUGAUCUGCACUUUAUUUCUGUGGCUGGGUUCAGGCAUGGGGUGGCCGAACCCAGCACUGGGGGCACGGAGGGGUCGUGGGACCUGCAGGGCCCAGAGCAGUGGCUUGGCAUAGGGCUGGGCAGCGGUGGGCGCCCUGGCCUCUGUCAGGCCCUGGCUGGGGGUGCGUCUCACUCUGUGUUACUCCAGGGAUGCAUGCCCCAGGCCUGCCCAUCAUAGCACUGCCAAGCCCCGGCACGUCCCCCCCCACCCACAGACCCCCACAGGUGGGAGGGUGUCCAGCCCAGUUCCCCCCCCCUCCUCCUCCGUGCUGGGGGCUAGUCUCCAGGAGGAUCCCCCAAUCCUGGCUGCACCCCCCUGCCUAGGGAGCCCUACAGCCAUCGCCGCUAUGAACUCCCCAGGAGCCAGCUUCUGCCCCUCCUGUCCCCAGGGCAAUGCUACCCCCUGCCUGUCUCACGCCCAGGAGCCAACAAUCUAAGCUUCCCCCCUCAGCUUUCAGCCCCCCAGUCCCAGGGUUACAGCCAGCACGCUCCACCCCUGGUUGCGAGUGGGGGUGGGGCUGCCGUACGCUAAGGAAUCAUAUGUACAAAAUAAAGUAUUCUGAAAGGA